AAUCCUAAUUCACAGAAAAACAAACAAACCAUAAAAUCGAACUUUGAUCCCUAAAAUACUACCGACGUAAACCCCUAAAGAAAACACCACUGAUUUGGGGAAGAGGCUAGGGUUUAAGAAAGAACACAAGUGUGCAACUGCAAGUCUGCAACCCUAACUCUCCAAAUUUUAGCGCGUUGAAUUUGCGGCGACUACAAAACAAAUUUGAUAUCUCUCUACAAAGUUACAGAUUAUCAAUCACAGAUUUCGUUCCACAGUUUUUAUCUCAAAAGUUUUCGAUUGCAGGAAUUUUUCGACGAUUCCAAAAGUUUGAAGGUAUUAUUAGGAAUAAUUUUACUAUAUACUAUGGAGGAAGAAGUGAAAUCAUUCACGGAGCUUGGUGUAUGCGAGGACUUAGUUGAAGCUUGUGUGAGAUUAGGAUGGACUGUUCCUACCAAAAUUCAAGCGGAUUCUAUUCCUCAUGCUCUUGAAGUUUACAGGCAAAGAUAUAAUUGGACUUGCUCAAACUGGCUCUGGUAAAACCGGAGCAUUCGCAUUGCCAAUCAUUCAGGCUUUACUGGAUGCAAAAUCACCUCAGCCGUUCUUUGGUUGUGUGCUUUCUCCCACUCGGGAGCUAGCAAUUCAAAUUGCUGAACAGUUUGAAGCUUUAGGAGCUAGCAUCGGAUUGAGAACUGCAGUGCUUGUUGGUGGAGUGGACAUAAACCAGCAGCAAAUUGCUCUUGCAAAAAGGCCUCAUAUCAUAGUAGGGACGCCUGGACGUCUCAUGGAUCAUUUGUCUAAUACCAAAGGGUUUUCACUUCGUACCUUGAAAUAUUUGGUACUGGAUGAAGCUGACAGAUUGUUGAAUGAGGACUUUGAGAAAGCACUUGAUGAUAUUUUAAAAGUUAUCCCUCUUGAGCGAAGGACUUAUUUGUUUUCUGCCACUAUGACAAAAAAGGUUAAGAAGCUCCAAAGGGCUUGCUUAAGAAAUCCUGUGAAGGUUGAGGCAGCAUCUAAAUAUUCUACUGUUGAUACUUUGAAGCAGGAAUAUCUUUUUCUUCCUUCAAAAUACAAGGAUUGCUAUCUGGUGUAUGUUUUGAUGGAGUUGUCUGGAAGCACGAUGGUUUUCACUCGUACAUGUGAAGUUGCUAAUCUUUUAGCACUCAUGCUCCGUAACCUUGGUCUAAGAGCUGUUCCAAUUAAUGGAAAAAUGACUCAGGCAAAACGACUCGGAGCUUUAAACAAGUUUAAAGCUGGUGAAUGCAGUAUCCUUACUUGCACUGAUGUAGCAAGUAGAGGUCUUGAUAUUCCUUCGGUGGAUAUGGUGAUUAAUUAUGACAUUCCUGCCAAUUCGAAGGAUUACAUACAUCGGGUAGGAAGAACAGCUCGUGCUGGAAGGUCAGGGGUUGCCAUCUCGCUGGUCAAUCAGUACGAGCUGGAGUGGUUUAUCCAGAUAGAGAAUUUGAUAGGGAAAAAGCUACCUAAGUAUGCUGCCGAGGAAGAGGAAGUUUUACUCUUGUUGGAACGUGUUAGCGAAGCUAAAAGGAUCUCACAAAUGAAAAUGAAGGAGUCUGGUGGGAAGAAAAGAAAAGGCAUGGGAGAUGACGACGGAGAGGAGAUACAGAAGUACUUGAAAAAGGGCAACAAAAAUGGCAAUACAUCGAAAAGGUCGAAGAGAUGAUACUUUUUACGCUAAUAUACAUAAUCGCAUUCACAACAAUUUUGUUAGAUACAGGAACACUAAUCUAGGAUAAUUGUGCUUUAUCUCUGUCUCCAUUACUGUGAUAAACUCAGAUAUCACAGUUAUCUUAUUUGUAAGUUUAUUAUUCUUGUUCAUGGAGUUUAUUUACCCUUC